CUUAACUCUUCAAAAUCCUUCCCACAUCAACAACAAAUCAGAUCUCUCUCUCUUACACUCACACACACACACACACAAGCAGCAGAGUAGAGCCAGCGAGUGCGUUGGGCUAAUAGCUGAGUGCACUGUAAUCCAGGCAGUGCACUGAAGCGGGGCUUUCAGUCUAUUGUAAGCUCUCAGUUCCCACUCAGACUCCCGGCUGAACGCUCCGGCACUGCAGCGAGACAAGGAGAAGGCACGUGACGAAAUCCAUUUUCAGAUCGACCAACUUGAGUUAAAGAUGAGGCUGUGCACAUUGCAGCUUCCUUUGUGGAUCAGUCUCCUCCCUGUGGCUGCAGCCGUCGCUCCAGUGGGUUGUGCAGCUAGCCUCGACUCACUUUACUUCAACCUUUGUGAUUUAUCAGCUGUCUGGGGGAUUGUGUUACAAGCUCUAGCCAGUGCUGGCAUUCUAAGUUGCUUUGUGCUGACACUGGUUUUAUUAGCGAGCAUACCCUUUGUCCAAGACAGCAAGAGGAAGAGUACCAUUGGAAUUCAGGUUUUUUUCAUUUUUGGCACAUUCGGGCUCUUUUGCCUGGUUUUUGAUUUCAUUAUCAAUAAGGACUUCGCAACCUGCGCUUCCAGAAGGUUCUUGUUUGGCGUUCUGUUUGCAAUCUGCUUUUCCUGCAUGUUGGCACACUCUUUCAGACUGAACUUGCUUGUCAGAAAAAACAAUGGUCCUAAAGCCUGGCACAUUUUUAUCCUGGCAUUUUCUCUCACCCUUGUGGAAGUAAUAAUAAAUACUGAAUGGUUAAUAAUCACCAUUGUAAGGAAUAAUGGCACCAGUUCUGCAUUUCUUGGAGACCCUUGCAAUAUUGCUAAUAUGGAUUUUGCCAUGGCUUUAAUUUACGUUAUGUUUCUUAUCGUAGUUACAUUUGGUCUUGCUGUGUCCACUCAGUGGGGUCAUUUUAAACAUUGGAAGAAACAUGGUGUAUUUAUCCUUGUCACAGUUAGUUUCUCCAUCGCCAUCUGGAUUGUGUGGAUUGUAAUGUAUGUUUAUGGAAAUAAGAAAGUCGGAAAUCAAACCUGGAAUGAUCCAACACUCUCUAUUGCACUGGUUGCCAAUGCCUGGGUGUUUGUCUUUAUGUACAUCAUCCCUGAGAUCUGCCAUCUGACAAAAGCUAGUACGGAGCAGCAUUAUGUCGAAGAGGUGUAUCCGACAAGAGGAGUGGGUUAUGAGACCAUCUUAAAGGAGCAGCAAGCUCAACACAUGUACAUAGAAAACAAAGCAUUCUCAAUGGAUGAACCCAAUUCAGCAAACAAGCCCAAAUCCCCUUAUACAAGUUAUACUGGUUACAAUGGACAGCUUCGGAACAGUGUAUACCAGCCGACUGAAAUGGCAUUGAUGAACAAAACCAACUCGUUAGAAAAUCCCUAUGAGCAUUAUAUCCCGAGGGUCACCAUUAACCAGUCGGCAUUUUCCAGUAAUGCCUCCACCCUCCGUGCAGAGGAUGCAUUCACAGCUGAGAGCCGGCAGACUGCCCAACAAGAUGGCAGCAAUGGACCGACAUUUUAACACCUUGCAUGGCUGCAGAGAGAACACCGACAAAAUGUGAGCUCCCAAUAUGGAAGAUCUCUGUGGUGAAAAGAGUCUCUCUGCCAACAGUUUCGAAUUUUUAUUUUAAGAACUGCAACUUGCUGAGGUUGUUUCCAUGCUCUGAGUGACACUGGAUCAGUGGGAGGAAAGUCCUGUUGAUGUGGCAUUUAAGCUGGAAAUGAAAAGGAUUGUUUUCUGAAUGCAACUGGGUUUAGGCAUUCUGCUUAGCAACUGAGUCAAGCCCCAGUGAGUGGGUGACCAUACAAGGCAGGGUGGAGACUGCAUUGUCACUACUCGUUCUCUGUCUACUUUAAAGUCUUUCUGAACUCUGCUGAAUAGAUUUCUUACAGCUUUGACCCUGCACCACAUGGACUGCAGUGAUUCAAGAAGCCAGCUCACUACGACAUCCUCCUGGGCAAUAACAGAUGAAAGCAAUAAAUGCUACUACAACAACAUCCCAGACGUGAAUUUUUUAAAAAGGUAGAUAGCAUGAUGGGUAUUAAUUUUCUCUGCAGUGCAAUGCCUUGUAAAUUUGCUUACAUCAACCUCUGUACCGUUGUCUGCCUCCUGAAUGAUGUUGAGGGAGAUGCAGUAUAUGCUGUCCUUGAAAACCGCAAGAAAGAGGUACAAGCUAUGAUUGAAAAGAAAACCAGUUUCUCACCAUGUAAAAGGGAGAUGGGUUUAAUGUUCUGUGUGUGCUCUGUAAUCAGACUACUGUUCAUUCCUGUGAUAUAAAACUGAAAUGAUCUAUUUCGUAUGGACCAUCUGAAGGAAUAUAACACCCCUUUAGGAAUUGGCUUUGUCACUUCAGGUUGAACUCAAUCUGUGUCAAGACUUGGAUUGCUAUUCCUUAUGUUUUAUAGGCUAGUAAAGAAUUAAUCAUCGUAUUUCUGCAGUGACGGCUCCAAGCCUGUAACAGAAAUGUAGAAGUAGGUCACGAAACAAUCAAAGUGAACCAAACCAAAAACAAGCAUGUGUUUCAAUGCACAGUCCCGCUGUCUGAAACACAUAUCUUCAGUUUUGUUAGCAAACCAUAUUGCAUCUUUCAUUAGUGUAAUCAUCUUUGCAUUAUGUGGAUGUGUGACAAGAUGAUACUGUCUACACUGCUUUACUCUACUAUCUAUGAGAAUAGGCUGUAACAGUACUGUUACAUGAGGAUAGCCUUCGAAGGCAAAAUCAAUCAUUGAAGACACAAUUGUGAGAUUCUAGACUCUUCUCAGGACCAUAUUUUCUUCUGGCUGUAAGACAUAAAAAUUGAAUGCUAUGUGAGAUCAUAGUGGAGUGAAAGCGGGCAGAGGAAGAUAUCAAUUUCCUCUUCUGUUUUGAUUCUGCAGCUUGGUUCCAAGCUAAAAUGAAUUUAAAUGGUUAGCCUUAAAGGGAAACCUUGAGUACUGAUAACCCGGGCUGACUUCUUCCUUGAUCUGAAUUGUGGACAUGCUGGGCUGUGUGUGUACUUUGUGUGUAUGUCAGCUGGAGAACGCUGCAUUCAGGAUUUCAGAGUUGAGCUCCUGAUCAGUGAGUCCUUGCACGUGGGCAACACAUUCAGAAAGGUGCCUGUAGCGAGGCAGGAAUUACAGGAGUCAUAGUUGCUGCUGUGACAGAUGUGGUCCCUAACAAGCAGGUUCAUCCUUUAUCUUGAAGAUGGCAAGACAUUAUUAGCAUCUAAAUGCAAUUCUCCAUUUGGGUAUUGUAUGAUAGAUCAUUUAUCUAUUAAUCAUUUGGACACUUAUGUUUUUCUUGCAUAUCACGUUAAGUUAGUGUGCCAUCUGGCAUUGCAGUUAUUUAUUUAACUACCAAUUUUACUGCAUUAACAUGGAAACUAGGAGUGGGAGCAGAUGAUUGAGCCCUUCGAUCCAGCUUUGCUGUUUAAUAUGAUCAUGGCUAAGCUCUAUCUCAAUGCCAUUUCCCUGCUUUUUCUCCAUACCCCUUGAUGCUUUUAAAAUCUAAACAUGUCUGUCUCUUCCUUGAGUAUACUCAGUGACUUGGUCUCCACAGCCUUCUGUGGUACAGAAUUUCACCAGUUCACUACUUUUUCAGUGAAAAAAUGUUUCCUCAUCUCAGUCCUAAAAAGUCAACUCCAUAUCCUGAGACUGCAACCGGUGGUCCUUCAUUCCCCAGCCAGUGAAGACCUCCUCCCUGCAUCCAGUCUGUCCAGCCCUGCUAGAAUUUGGUAUGUUUCAAUCAGAUCUCCCUCUCAUCCUUCUAAACUCGAGUGAAUACAGGCCGAGUUGAACAAAUCUCUGCUCUCACAAAUGUCCUGCCAUUCCUAGUAUAAGCUUAGUGAAGCUUCCCUGCUCUUUCUCUAUGGCAAGUAUAUCCUUUCUUAUGAAGGGAGAUCAAAACUCUGUGCAUAAUUGCAGAUGUGGUCUCAUCAAAGCUGUGUACAACUAUAGUAAAACAUCCUUGCUUCUGAACGCAUGUACUCUCACAAUGAAGCCAUUGUACCAUUUACCUUCCUAAUUGUUUGUUGCACCUGCCUGUUUAUUUUCAUUGACAAGGACUCACCGAUCACACUUCCUGACAUAUCACCAUUUAAAUAAUACUCUUCCUUUCUGUUUUUCACACCGAGGUGUACUUUGUAACAUUUAGCUAUGUUGUAAUGCAUUAGCAACACGUUUGCCCACUCACAAGUUUUGUCUACAUUACCAUGUGGCCUCCUUGCAUCCUCCUCACCUCACAAUCCCCCUUAGUUUUGUGUCACUACUGUGAGCUUUUGCUGUAAAUUCUGUGUUAGGAGCAGCGCUCCGAAAGCUAGUAGUUCCAAAAAAAAACCUGUUGGACUAUAACCUGCUGUUGUGUGAUUUUUAACUUUGUCCACCCUAGUCUAACACCUCCACAUCAUGAUAGAUUCUAGCAUUUCCCCACCACUGCAUGUACUUUCUCAUUACACCAUUCUUAUGCAUGGCCUGUAUUAUACCUAGUCUGUUUUUUUUUCUCUUUCCCCUCCCCUCUUCCAAUUGUGGGGUUCCAUUUGUCCCCCUCCAGUCUGUAGCAACUGCUCCAAAGUAUAUUGAAUUUGGGAAGGAAGAUGACCACCAAAGCAUUCAAAUUUCCAAGGCCACUUCCUUCAGUACUCAGACUGUAGGGACUUGUCAGCCUUUAACCAUAUUAAUUUCCCCAGCACCAUUUUCUUAUUAAUACUGAUUUCCUUCCAUUUCACCCUCUCACUGGACCUCUGCUUCCCUAACAUUUCUGGUAGAUUAUUUGUGAAACCCUACCAAAGCAUGUGUUUUGCAAUUUUUUGUUUGCCUAUAAUUCCCCAGUGAAGGACCCACAUUUAUUUUUGCUCUUUUUCUUUUUAUAUAUUUUAGAAGCUUUUACCAUCAGUUUCUAUGUUCCUGGCAAUGAAUUCUCUCGCACUAUUUCCUCAAUCUUUGGCUGAAUUCUAAAAUGCAUCCAAUCCUGAGACUUUCACAGUUAGAAGCAACUGUUAAACCUUAUCUCCAUCUUUAUGCUGAUCAUGGUACUCCUUUCUUUGUGCUUUUUCAAAUCGUGGGACUUGUUACAGGGAUAUUCCCAAAUCUUAUUUAUCAUGAGGUCAAUAAAUCAGUCAUUACUGGUGAUGCUGACCUGCUGCUGUAAUCUGUGUCCAGUAUAUGUUUGUCAUUGCCUGCUUCCAAAGAUCUCCUCCUCUAGUAUGUCAUUCACAGCCUGUAGAGAACUCAAAAUGUCUCACUGCUUUGUUGGUAUGCUUACCACGGCCUUCACACUUUCGUAAGCAGUAAGCCAGCAACUGGUGCUAUUCCUGUCUCUGGGCAUCAGAUCCACUCCUGGCGUGUGCCAAGAGUGAAACCUAGCCUGGUCCAUGUUGGCUGUGGCAUUUUGACCAAUGUGGUUGACUCUUAGCUGCUGUCUGGGAUUAGGGAUGGGCAAUAAAUGCUGACCUAGUUAGCGAUGCCCACAUCCCAUGAGUGAGUUCCUAAUAAAAACUUUCGAGAUUUGCACGUUUGCAUAUUAUGUAAAUAGGAACAAAAUAGGUACAUUGUGAUUAGCAACUUGCCUUCAAUCCCUGAUCAAGUAAAUGAACUUUGAUGACAGAGUUAUCCAUUUGCUGUUUUUGUGAGGUUAUAUUCUCUGCAAAAGAGGAAAAUAUAGCCCUUUCACCAGGUUAUAUUUUUUUAAAUAACUAAGCUCAGCAAUAAUUUUUCUUCUUUUGGUGAAUUCAAAAGUUGGUUUAUUUGAUGGAAGUCGGUUGAGUAGAAACAGUUUGUAAUAAUUUAAGUCCUUAUAUUACUCUGUUAGCCAAAGAAUACACUUUCUAAGCUGUGGAUAUAUGUUCUGUGGCAUUUAGUGCUUAUGCUUUUUACAUGUUUUAUAAUUAGAUUUUGUUACGUUUUAAUAAUGGUAUGUUAAUUGCAUGUUUUGCUGUUAAAAUCUGGGGAAUAAGUUGCAUCAGUGUAAAGGUCACCCCCCUGUUUUUCAUGAAGAUUGCUUAGAUUCAGAUGGAUAUGUAAAUCAUUUCUGAUAAUUAGAGGAUGUGAAAGAUGUGUAACAGAUUUUUGGAUUUCUUUUUGUAUUUAUUUUUACGUUGUUAACCUACAGUUAAAUUUACACACAGUAGACUGAUCACACUCACAUGCUGAAGUUCCAAGCUUGCAUUCAUCUUUGAACUAAUAAUCAAUAGUCCUGUAUGAGUAUUUGUGAGAAUGUAACAUUCAUAUACAUUUCUGCUUUCGCCAUGUUGUAUUGUUAUGAAAGUAGUUGUCUAUUGCCCCUUCCCUUAGAAUAGACUUUGCAGUUACGAAGUGUUACAGCACAGAGAUAGGCCAUUUGGCCCAACUGAUUGAUACUGGCUCUACAUGAGCUUCCUUCCACCUUAUUUAGUAUAGCUUUCAGCACACCCUUCUAUCCCUCAUAUAUCCUGACCAGUACCUAUUGAUGUUGGGUAUGAUUAGAAAGGUAAAACAUAGCAGUCCAUCACGCAACAGCUGAUUCUCGAGGGAGCUUUUCUCUUCUGUCCCCAUCAUAAGAAAUAAAGAGGAGCAAAUCCCAAUCCCAUGACAUUAAAGGUCUCCACUCCCAAAUUCAGUCUUCUGAUUGAAAAUCCAAUAAAUUGUAAAAGGUCCAAUUGGCCUCUGACUCCAUAUUUGUCUUGCAUAGUACUGUAGAAUCACUGCGUUUUAAAUUUAGCAUUUUGGCUAUUUCCAGCAAACUCCAUUUUUGAAAUGUGGAUCUGAUUGCACGUUAUGUCUAUCUGACCAUAAUGGAAAUGCUGUCUCAUCCAACGAUGAGUGAAGUUCAGAGUAUCAGAGUUAUUUAACCUUUUUUUCCUGGGAAUGCAUGAGGAUUCCUUUGUUGCCAUUGUUUUGACUAGCCGCAAUAUAUAUUUUUUAGCUGUUAUCGUAGUUAGUUUCUGAAAGGAAACCAUUUCACAAAUGUUAGUAAGUAUGUUACGAAAUGAAUUAGGAUUUACUCAGACAACAAAGGUGUCCAAACACAAAUGCUAAGGUAAAUCCAAGACAUCUAGAUAAUUGUGUUGACUGUGUUAUACCUGAGGGGAUGUUGCUGUUUUAAUGCUACAUUUUUUUUGUUAAAAAUAAACUCUUCUUUAUAUUGCGUG